AUGACAGACGAAGAAAAAAUACCGCCAACCUUUGCCGAAAAACUUCUGUUCUACACAACAGCUACUUUCGUAUUACUGGCCAUCUUCAGCCUGUUCGCAUUCCUCUUCCUGGUACCUUUCGUCAUAGAACCAGCUUUCACAACUAUAUUCAUGCAAUUCGAUCCAGUAGCAGCAUUAUGUGUCACGGCUUCUGUCAAACACCUCGUCGGAGCCAGCAAUUGCUCUUGGACCUCUUGCAGGGAGGGCUGCACCAAGGACCUCUUUGAAUGCACUCAAAUCCGUGUCAACUACAAACUUGGCAUCUAUCCAAAUAUUACCCCAACCGAUGAUGAAAACCUGAUCCGAGUCGAAAGAGCUCUGAGAAAAGAUUACGAAUACGAAAAUUACGAAGUAACAGCUGACAAAUCAUAUCCAGAAAUGAUUGAAGAAGAUCUACCUGAAGCAAUACCUACUGGUUUACAAGGAAACGAUUCUGAAUGGUAUUUUACUGGAGCAAGACUUUUUCCUAAUGUUAAAGGUUGUGGGUACCCACCUAUUUUAAAUUGCACUGUAUUUUACGGUAAGCAUAUGCCUCUUGGUGCAAACUACACCUGCUACUACAGCCGAGUUGACCCCGGCUUGGUGAUUACUGAACUAGAUAUGUGGCAGAACACCUUGAAUCUAGUUUAUGCUAUGGCAAUACCAAUACCAUCGUUCAUAAUUUCAGUGAUAUAUUUGACAUUUGCGUACUUUAAGUUAUACAAUACAGAGGAAGAAUCAGAGCAAGCGCCGCUGAAGAGUGAUGCUGAGGCGAUGGCUACGGGUGAUGAUGAGAAGCCGACUACACCAGGGUCGGAUACUUUUAGGGAGGAUUUAGCGUGCUUCGGACAUCAGUUGAAGAUGCAAUUGGCUAAUGAAAAGCCUAAAGAAGGCUUCGAGUCCAAUAGUCCACCAAUUUCCAAUUCUGCAUCUUUGUCUGGGUAA